UCCGCCGACGUUCCUGAACGGUCGUUACCCAUCUCCAGGCAAGCCACGCAGGGUGCCCACUCCCCAUACCGCCUUUCCCGCCGUCGCAGAACGGCUCCACCCCGCCACCGCCCCCGGCUCCUCCUUCCUCCUCCUCCUCCCUCAGAAACGCGGGCGGUAACUUGCGCCAUGGUGUGGCGCGGCCGGCGGCGGCGGCGGAGGCGACGCGGGGAGGCGGCGGCACCAGCAGCAGGCCCGGUGGCUGCGGCGAGCCGCGGCGAGAAACAGAUACCCAAGGAUGUGACAGAUGUUUCUAAUGCUGCCAGUGACAACGAAGAUUUUCUGGGAUUCCAAGAUGAUGCCUCUAGAGAGAGGUUGUUGCCAGAGGACAGCUGUGCUAAUUCUGAUACCUUGGAGUCAGAAAAAAAGAGGGUUUGUCUGCAAUCCAGUUAUCUCACUGAGGAGCUGCGGAAGAUUUUCACUGAAGACACUGACUCUGAAACGGAAGUGUUUGAAGGCUUCACUUCAAGCGAGGUGGAUGUGAGCAAAGGAGUUCUGGCACUGGAGUCAGACCUCAACCAUGAAGAACACAGUAAUUUAUUGGGUAAUGAGGAAGAAGAGGAGGAAGAGGCAAAGAAGGCAGUAUCCCCUAAGAGAAGAAGCUUUGGCCUUCGUGUUGCCUUGCAGUUUCCAACCAGAAAGUCAUCUGAGAAAAAAGUGCCUGAAAAGGCUUUUUCUGACUUACCUCUAAAGGACAGUGAACCUCUUGCACCUUGUUCAAAAGAAGUAAGCUGCAAUCGUUGGGACAAACUAGAGGGCUCUGCUUCAGAGUCUGAAGAAGACAUUAAAGAAACACAGGAUGAAAGCUCCAGUGCUCUGCUUAAGAGAGCUAUGAAUAUUAAAGAAAAUAAAGCCAUGCUUGCCCAGCUGCUGGCAGAACUGAAUUCCAUACCUGACCUAUUCCCAGUGAAAACGCCAACCUCAACUCCUUCGAAACAGAAGAAGAUCCCAAGGAGGGCGUUGUCUGAAGGCCAGAUAACACGGCGCAUGAACCCAACCAGAAAUGCUCGUCCUCCAGAAAACUUUGCCUUGGAAAAAUUUACUGUGUCAGCUGCCAAAUUUGCAGAGCACCUUCAGAGCUACAGACAACAAAACCUCUUGAAGAAGAGACUCAGUGUGCAGGGGGAUUGUCGAGUGCACAAAAGGAGGAGAUCAUCAAAGUAUUCAACUCAGCGCCCAGUAGAGGAUAUUACUGAGGAGGACUUGGACAACAUUGCCAUCACUGUUAAGGACAAAAUCUAUGACAAAGUUCUAGGUAGUACUUGCCACCAGUGUCGACAAAAGACAAUCGAUACCAAGACAAUCUGUCGCAACCAGGGCUGUGGAGGAGUAAGGGGGCAGUUUUGUGGACCAUGUCUUCGAAAUCGAUAUGGAGAAGAUGUGAAGUCAGCACUGCUUGAUCCAGCCUGGAUCUGUCCUCCUUGUCGUGGGGUGUGCAACUGCAGCUACUGCCGCCGGCGGGACGGGCGCUGUGCCACAGGCAUGCUCAUCCACUUGGCCAAGUUCUAUGGCUAUGACAAUGUUAAGGAGUACCUGGAAAGUUUACAAAAACAACUGGUGGAUAACAACUGAGAGCACAGAACUCCAUCUCUGCCUGCAGCUGGUUCAUAUGCUGAUAAACAUUGACUUCAAAAGGUUUAUUUCCUAUAUUUUAUAUAAGAUAGAAUUGUAGAAUAUAGUAUAUGCAUUCCACAUUGGGAACUUUUUAAUUGCUGUGGUCUUAUGCAAAAGAUCUCUCAGGAAAAUGUUAUGGUAGAGAAAUCUACAUGCACAGACGGAUAUGGCACUCUUGAUCCUUCAGUGGUUCAUAUUUAGUGGAGCUACACAACCACAUGAUGGAGAACUUGUUCAAUUUGAGCAAUAUUUCUAUUUAUAUAAUUUUACAAGUUUGCAGAAAGAGUGUUUGACAGCUACCUGUAGAGUAUACCCUGCCUUUAAAGGAAAAAAACCUACCUUGCAUAACAACUGGACCACAAAGAUUCAGUUUCUCAAACCUUGCUUUCUGAAUCUAUUCCUCCACCUCUGGUUUAUGCAACUUGUCCCUGCAAAGAAGGGAAGGGUACUUUUAUCUGAAUGCCAUUAUCUUCCAGCCAAUAGUGUUCUAUGAAAAAUAAAACUUCAAACAUCAUCCCAGUGAUGGAAAAGAAUUGCUCACUAUAGCAGAUUGUGUGAUGCGCUUGCUGCCUGAACCAGCUGUCUUAGUUGGCAGUCAGAACUGGUUAAAUGGUUUCAAUCACAAAGUUCAGGUUUUGGGUUUUUAUGUCUGGUUUAUAUUUAGAGGUUUCUUUCAUAUGUACAAGAAGGCUUUCAGACAACUUUGGUUUAAAUGCAGUGCUUGUAUUCCAGUACGUUUGUUAAAGUUCUUGUAAGAUACACAUUUCUUUGUAUGUAGAGAGAAUAAAGAAUAACUCAGAGGA